CACCUAUAGGAUGCAAGCACCACUGUCUACCGGCCUGUGAAGUUCACUGCGCAGUGAGACCUGCCGAGUCCAGCCCAAAAAUUUUAGCAGCGCCACUGCAAUUUAGCAUUAACAUAGCACCUCCUGUCCACAACCAUGGCGCUGCUCGCAAGCUGUGCUGCCCGCCACACCAGCCUCUUGAGGCGACCAGCUGUUUCGGCACCGCCGGCCGCGCGCCUGGCCCUUCCGCGGCCGCUGCUGCUGCAGCGCCCUGUGGUUCGGCGCCAGCAGUCCACCACCAAGUCGGCAGCGAGCAGCAGCACGACACCUCCGGAGAGGCCGCCCGCUGCACUCGCAGUCGCGCCGUGCACCGGCCUGGUGUCCCUCGCGUUUGGCGAAAGCGGCUACGGAGCUCGUUCGAGUGCUACUGUGUUCGGCGUGCACUUGCCUGGCAACUUGCUACUGGCAGCAGCACCCAAAGCUCAGCCGCUUCAGGUGGAUUGCGCCCUGCUGUGGCAUGCCUCGCCGGUGCUGCGGCGCCAGAUAGAGAAGAUCUGCGGCAGCGCUAGCCCGGGCGCUGCUGCUAGGGAGGGAGGCGGCGCUGCCGCUCGUGUGCUGCUGGUGGACGGCACCGCGGCAGACUGGGGCGCAGUCCUGAAGCUGGUCAAGCACACCGGCGACGUCUCGGCGGUCUGCUGGGACAACGUGGCCUCCCUGCUUCGCCUGGCCGACAAGUACGACAUGGCGGCGGUGCGGUCCACCUGCGCGGCCUUCCUGGUCGGUCGCAAGAAUGACAUGUCGCUGCACGAGCCCCUGGAGUCGCCCAAGAACCUGCUGCACGCGGCGUCGCUGGUGGAGAGGUACCUGAGCAGCCGCAGCACCCCGCUCCAGGCGGCUCUGCAGGAGCACGCGACGCCCAUCGCAUCGUUGCUGCAGCACACGCUGCAGGCGGUGCACAUCUGCCAUUGGACACACACCAGCGACGCGCAGGCCUGGAAUACCUGGAAGUCCCAUGCUCGAGGCGUGGUGACAGGCUUAAACAAAUCGGUGCGCCACCGCCGGUACGGGGACAUCGUGACGGUGGCGGUGCAGGUCCAGGUCCAGAAGGCCGCAAUGGCCGCUCUGGAGGUGUUGACGUCCUGAAGUGCUGGGGGCGCGGACGCGUGGGGUUUGGCUCCUGCAGCCGUGAACGGCCUGCUAUCUGGGCCGCGACCGAAGCGGCGGCUGAGGACUCGAGUCACCGGUUGUCUCUGGUCGUGUCGUUUAGUUGUGUGGAGGCAGCGGCGUGGCGUGGUGUGUGGUUGCACUGCACGCACAUGCUAGCAUGACCCACGCUUCCAGCUGCUCUUCUUGGCCGCGCAUUGCGUUUGUCACGAAUCCGCACUACACAUGGCUGAUGGCUGGCUUGUCAACAUGUCAAGGCUACGGAUUAACCUGUGCUGUAGCACAAUAUCUAUUAGCAUAGUGUGAUUUUGUCACGGGGGAG